AUAAAACCCAAACUCCUGUUGAUUUGAUUGGCCGGGAGCUAUAUAUCUUAUCAGAUAUCCCCGGUGUCGCUUAACGGCAGGUGGCGCCACAUUGCAUCAACCCCAUACAAAAAUGGCCGCCGGAUGUAUAACUACUUGCACCCUUUCUCCCCAUUCCCCUUCUUCCUUUACCCACACUCCGUCGUCAGUUAUCAUCAAGAGCUUCAAUCUAAAAUUCCAGCAAAAUGAAAAAACCGGAACGCACGGACGAUACAGAGCCAGUCUCAUCAUGAAUCCUGAAUCAUUCGAAGUCGGUAGACUAAUCGGAAGCUACGGCUUCAUGAACGUCACCAGUUAUGAUACUUCACCGCAGUUACAAGACGUAGGGGGGUUGAAGUUUCAGGAUGUUAGAGAAGGUGAUGUGCAAAUUAGACUUUACGAAGGACGAGUAGCGCAGGGCCCGCGUAAGGGCACUCCAAUCAUUUUUAAAGUUUAUCCGGGGAAGCAAAUAGGCGGUCUUGAGGCUGAUAUGAUGGCAUCAAAUGAGCUGAAAUCUCAUGCUUUUCUUCAAAGUUGUUCACAGUCUAUCAGCAAAAACAUUCAAAUUCUUUUAGGAGGUUUCGAGACUAAAACGGGAGAGCAGUGGCUUGCAUUUCGCAACGAUGGGAAAUACAGCGCAACAGACUAUGCCAAAGCUUCAAGUGAGAAACUUUCAAAAAAUCGUGCUCUUGGAGAGCAAAAAUCCUGGAAUCCCUUUGAAGAAGAAUCGAAUAUGAAAAGAAAAAGAUUUUUUAUUAUUAAACUUCUUCAAGGUGUUUUAUCUGGUUUGGCAUACAUGCAUGACCAUGAAAGAUUACAUCAGAGCCUUGGCCCAUCUUCAGUCGUUCUCAAUACAAUGGUAGAUAAAGAUGCUGCUUAUCUUGUUCCAAGGCUCCGUGAUCUUGCCUUCUCAGUUGAUAUACGAUUUUCAAGCUUAGAGGAAAAUGCAUAUGGAUUGUCUGAAGGUCUUUGGAGACGAGCAAGAUCAUCUGGGGCGUAUACGACUAUGGAAAAACGAGCUUUUGGAAUAGCAGAUGAUAUUUAUGGAGCUGGUCUUCUUUUUGCAACUUUGGCUUUUAUUCCAUUUUGUGAAGCAGGAAUUGUGGAUAGCCUUUCAUUGCAAAGGCUGCUAGAGACGACUUUCAAACUUGAUCUUGCGGCUACCAGAGAGUAUUGCUUAGCUGAUGAUCGGUUUCUAGACGCUGUUAAGUUUUUGGAUUCGGGUGAUGGUGCUGGCUGGGAGUUAUUGCAGAUGAUGUUGAAUCCUGACUUCAGGAACAGGCCAAUUGCUGAAGCUGUAUUGAAACAUAGGUUCUUCGCUGCAGCUCUUCUUUGAAGUUUUCUUAUAGUAACGGGAAUUAUUGGCUACUAACUAAUAUGGCAAAACACUGUAAUCAUUUUUGUGUUAAUUUAGCUGAAUAUUUUGUUUCAUUUGAGACUAUAACCGACAAAAACACUAUCCUUCAUUGUUG